UUUAUCAAAAAAUGGUGCACCUUAAAUUAUCAAAGGACGUUCAGAAGACAUUCUCGUGCCCUCGUGGUGUUUUAUUGCUUCACAGAUCAGGUUCUGUUCUGUUUUUAAGUAACUUUGUGCAAUUGUGUUUGUAAAUGCAAGAAAAUGUACACUACGACUCCAUUACCCAACACUCACCGCGAGCCUGUAACCAAUCGACUUCCUGGUACGCGGAGGUCCUAAAGAAGAAGAGAGAAGUUUGUAUAAAUCCUCCGAUCUGAAGGUUGUUUUUUUUUCAUAUAUAGUGUACGCGCAGUAGGUUAGCAUUGAAAGGUUAAAGGUGACUUCUGCUCUCGGAAGGCGGUAGUUUCGUGUCCAAGCGUCAUCAUACAUCAGCCAAGUUACCUCACCUGGAUAAAAGCCUGAUGUCUCAGCUGAAACCAGAGAUACAGACCCAAAGAAUGACAGAAACCUUGCAGGAUGUUAAAAAGAUACAGUUUUGGCUGGACAAAGCGGUGGCCUGGAGCCAGAACAAGAGUCCAGAUACUCUGAGAGACAUUAGCCGGCACCUGAGAAAACUCUGUGCUUACCUCCAGCAACUGCUGAUACAUGUCAACAGCUUGAGUUCCACAACAGAAGCCAUGGAAAAACUGCCCUUCAUGGGCCAGCUUCUUGGCCGACUUUGCUGGAACUUUCACGUUACCGCCAAUGAUACAAGCAGAGAGGUUCUCUUCCAGUGUUUGUGGGCACUUUACUCAGAGCAUCCCAGCAAUGCUGUGGAAAGAAAAGCCAACCAAUGGAUACAGAAUGUGUUGUGUCACUUUGCUACGGAAGAAGGUGAUGGCCCACAGGCAGUAAUGAAGGGUCUGUUUCUACCACUCCAUGAGUACUAUCUCAAAGUUCUGGGAAAGUCAGUGUCACUGCUGCAAGAAGAAAUUGUAAAGAGCUGCAGUUCUCUGGGUGGCAUAAAUUCUAGGUGUUCAUGUGACAAGAUUCUGGCCACAUCAGAGGCAUGUGUCCCUCUGGUCACAUGUGGAGACGCGGCUCCUCUUAUUGGUGCACUGCUACAGCGAGCAGAGACUUGUGUCCAAGCUGUUCUCAGUGAGGAUUUCCUUCAUGCCCUGAACACUGCUUACUCAAGCAAAUGUUUGGUUUUGGAGGAGCAGUCUGUUGUAUCCCUGUGGUGCCACAGUCUGUCCACUCUUGAAGAAGCUGUGCUUAGUCUGCUGGAGUCAGUUGUUACCAACACAGCAACAACACCACAGAAGAUGUUGGAAAAGGUCUCGCAGUCACUGCUGCCCAAAGCCUGUGCUCAAAACUGCUCCAUCUUUUUGGUGGUGAACGACAUCUUCAGGUCGACAAUGAAACACGCCGAAGGAAAUGAAAACAUGAAGUCACUUAUCCAAUUGUUUUCCCUCUGUUUCUUGAAGGAACAUGCACAACUUCAGACUCAGAUGUAUUUGCCGUUGAAAUACUUCUUCCCUCAGACUUCUCAGAGUCUGUUGAUCCCCAUGUCGACCUUGCCUUCAGAGAUGCCUCAGGAGGCUUGGCGACUUCAUCUGAACUGGCUUAGCAGCUCAUUACAGAGACUGACUGAAGAGGAAGAGAAGGGAGACGGAGGCAGCGGUAGCCACAGGGGGCUUCACAAGGUGUUCGAGGCUUGGUUUCUGCUUGUUCAGUGUUCACACUGGGUGCAGGUUGCUCUCCAGCUGCUCAGCACCAACGAUCUUAGGGACUGUAGUGCACUGUUGUGGCUGCUCACAUUCUACCACCACCCCACAAAUAGGGGGCAUCACAGGACUAUGCAGCUGGUUCGUUCUCAAAAAUUGUGGAAGCACCUUCACUCUCUGUUCUUAAACCUGGCUCAUCCUCCAUCUGUUGACCAGCUGCAGCCGCUGAUCACUCUCCUAACAUCACCACCACCUCAACAGCCGCCACUGGCACCUACUUUAAUCCUUAGCCUCCUCGUCAACUUUGCUGUGUUUUUCCAGAGUGGCCCAACACACAUUUUACAGAUGGUGGUGGAUGGUUCUGGCCUACUGCAGGAGGUGGUAUGUGUUCUCAGCUCACUGGAGCUCAGACUAAGCGAAGGAAGCUGCCGAGAAAGCGACACUAACAGAGUUCACAUCAGGAUCAAGGAGCUGCAGAAAAGCCUUGACACGUGUGUUCAGUAUGGUCCAUGGAGUCCUGCUGUGAACCAGACACACUCACUCACACACACCGUAAAGAGUGUGGCUGAUAAUAAAGACCCCAACUUCCCUGUUUCUGUUUAACUCUGCUGUGGACAAGCACAAAGGGAAGGAAGAUAGCCCUAGUGCUAAUGUUAGCUUUGGCCCUGGAGCAGAUCACUACGUCUCCUGUCCAUUCCAACUAUGGUCGGGGCUCCGAAGCAGGAAAGAGCUAAUGUGUAACCUGCCGUGUUAUAGGCACUGUUCGGAAAAAAGCAUUUAUGUAAUUAAAAGUGAAAAACAAUUGUGUUACAUCUUUCUGUGUAAAUACCCCAUGUUACAACGUGGACACCUGCAGCUUAUAGAGAAUAUAUAUAAUGUAUAGAUAUGUUGUAUAUAUGUACAAUUAUUUUUUUCUUUUUAAAGUUAGUGGGUGCGGCUUAUAUUCAGGUGUGCUUAAUAUUCUGGAAUUUACAGUAAUGUUAUCUGGGUACAGUUUCUGAUUAUAAGGACAAUCUGUAGUGGUGUGUGAUUUUUCUUUACAUAUAAAAGAAACACAAUCUUUUGUAAGAUAAUCUUUUUUUUCUUUCACAACAAGAUUCCAACAUGACUUCAAGUAACAUAAUUGGCAACUAGUCGGUCAUCCAAUCAUCAAACACUCACAUGUACACACCACAUGUAAAAGUUAGGGGAAAAUUAAAAAAACACAGAGAGAGCUUUGUAUUAUGCAAGUUUGAAUAACAAUGUUUUUUUUGUGUGUGUGUUCAAUCCUAAUGACUGAAUUAAAGUAAAAUCUAUUAAAUAAAAUCAUGCUGAUGUGACACUUCAGCGUGGCUCAAGCACUUUUAAUAAAUUCUUGAAGCCGAUAUUUUGAAGUUUUUUCCUACCUAUUGUUUUUUUCUACCUGAGUUAACUGCGCAUGCGUACAUUGGCCGGUAUCAGACAUUUAUAGCGUACUCUUGUUUUUUCCUACCUGAAGUUUUUUUCUACCCGUACCGUAAAUUUAUAGCCAUAUUUGACAUUUGUGUUCAGGGUGCUAGAACAUUAUUAUACACAUCAAAUCUAAAUAAAUGCGUGCUUCUGGCUCUAGUUAGAGUGGUAGCACAUUCCUAUAGAAAUGAAAUCGCUAUAAAUACGUGCUUAUGACUCUAUUUAGAGUACGAGCACAAAUCUAAAUUAGAGGCUACACAGAAAAUCCCUGUUAUAUCUGUUCUCUCAGGGUUUAGGGUAUCACGCUCAAUCUAGGAUUUUUCAGAAAACUGUUUUUUAUUAUUUUUAGCUAUUUUCCAGUAAGAUACAGGCUAUGUCCAUCCUUUGUUCAAAGACAGCUUCUGGAGUUGUCUGCACAUCCGAUAUGUUUCCACUCAGAAGGAAUUCAUCGGCAUACUGUAAAUGAAAUAUGAAUGUAAUUAUGUGCUUGAUUUGGUACAUUAUCUACAUAAUAACACAUGUUCAACUGCUGAAAUCCAUCUGUGUG